UCUAUGAGGAGACACUUGCCGGUUGCAUUUAUUUGGCACAUUGUACAGAUUCGCUUCUGUAUCUCAUUCAUCUUUUUGCCAUAUUCAAAAGCAGUUUUGAAUUGUGCUUUUUGUAUGUUAUUGUAUAAACAUAUAGACUUGAGACAGUACAGCGUGUUCAGGAAAACCUCGUGCCAAUUCGAUACAUCCAAAAGGAUUUUCUCGUUAUUUUAUCAUUUGGUCGACUGCUAACACAGCUGAUACGAAAUGACGCGUGGCGUUCUACGUCUGUGUGUCUACGGAGGCGAAUCGGUACUGCACAUUCCAAAGGUGACGAAUCCAUUGCGUUUGUUUUCCGGCACUGUUAAACUAUUGCAGAAGGAUGGUAAACCAGCGACGGCUGUGACAGGAAUUCCAUACAAAAAUUUGGUCAUUGGUGUUCCAAAGGAAAGAUGGGUCAACGAAAGACGGGUUGCUGUCACUCCUGCUGUUACUGCAACACUGGUAAAAAAAGGCUUCAAUGUAAAUGUGGAAGCAGGGGCGGGUUUGGAUGCCAAGUUUCGCGAUGCCGAAUAUGUGUCUGCCGGAGCUAAUAUUGUCGAGAAAGGAAAAGUUUUCAAAUCUGAUAUUGUCCUCAAAGUAAGGCAGCCACUUGACGAUGAAAUUGGUGCGCUUAAAGAAAACGCAACCUUAAUAUCUUUCUUGUAUCCCACUCAAAAUAAGAAUUUAAUUGAUAAACUAGCGCAACGGAAGCUAACUGCAUUCGCUAUGGAUGCCAUUCCCCGUAUUUCACGUGCUCAGGUGUUUGACGCCCUUUCGUCGAUGGCUAACAUUUCAGGCUACAGAGCAGUUAUCGAAGCCGCAAAUCACUUUCCACGUUUCUUCACCGGACAAAUCACGGCUGCCGGUAAGGUGCCUCCAGCGAAGAUUCUCGUCAUCGGUGGUGGCGUUGCUGGGUUGGCUGCAAUUGGUCAGGCUCGGUGCAUGGGCGCUAUUGUGCGGGCUUUCGAUACCCGUCCCGUAGUUAAGGAACAAGUUGAAAGUAUGGGGGCAGAAUUUCUGACUAUCAACAUUCAGGAGGAUGGCUCGACUGCCGGAGGCUAUAGUAAAGAGAUGAGCAAAGAAUUUAUCGAAGCUGAAAUGGCCCUAUUUGCUAAGCAGUGUAAGGAGGUGGAUGUGGUCAUUACUACUGCACUCAUUCCCGGAAGGAAAGCUCCAACACUUAUUACUGAAGAAAUGGUGAAAUCUAUGAAACCAGGAAGUGUAAUAGUCGAUCUGGCAGCGGAAGCUGGUGGAAAUGUUGCCACUACAGUACCUGGUGAAGUGAAAACCAUCCACGGUGUUGUCCAUAUUGGGUUGACAGAUUUUCCUAGUCGCCUCCCGGCACAGAGCUCUACUCUGUAUGCCAAUAAUAUUUCCAAGUUUCUCCUAUCUAUUGGCGAAAAAGAGCAUUUUGAUAUCAAACUGGAGGACGAAGUAGUACGUGGCAGUAUUGUUUUGCAUAAUGGUAAUCUGAUGUGGCCACCGCCAGUGAUUGCUGUAUCUGCUAAACCACCAUCAUCUUUAGCUUCUGCUGGUGCUGCUGUAAAGGCCGAACUACCACCACCCAACCCGUUCAAUGAAACUUUUAAAAAAAGUAUGAUCUACACUUCUGGAUUGGGAGGUUUGCUUGGUCUAGGGGCAAUAGCACCAAAUCCGGCAUUCACUACCAUGAUGACAACAUUUGCCUUGUCCGGCAUUGUUGGUUAUCAUACAGUUUGGGGAGUGACGCCUGCAUUACAUUCACCUCUAAUGUCUGUGACUAAUGCAAUCUCAGGUAUUACAGCAGUAGGCGGUCUUUUGAUGAUGGGUGGUGGUAUAACUCCAACCAAUACAGUUGAAAUACUGGCAGCUAGCGCAGCUCUUAUCUCGUUUAUUAACAUUUUUGGUGGAUUCUUGGUUACUCAACGUAUGCUGGAUAUGUUCAAAAGGCCAACCGAUCCAGCAGAGCACAAUUAUUUGUAUGGAAUUCCCGCGGGUGUUUUUCUUGGUGGCUAUGGAUUAGCAGCCCUUCAAGAGAUGCCAGAAAUUCAUCAAAUGGCGUAUCUUGCGUCUAGUUUGUGCUGCAUUGGCGCUUUGGUAGGACUUUCAUCACAGAAAACCUCACGUCUCGGCAAUUCACUUGGAAUGAUUGGCGUUUCUGGUGGUAUUGCUGCCACGCUAGGCUACAUGGCACCGAGUACAGAGGUGCUCAUACAGAUGGGAGGAGUGACAGGCAUUGGUGCUUUGAUCGGGUCAAUUAUUGCGAAGAGAAUUCAAAUCACCGAUCUUCCUCAACUAGUGGCAGCUUUCCACAGUUUGGUUGGUGCUGCUGCAGUGCUGACAUGUGUUGCUACGUUCAUACAUGAUUUUCCAACAUUAGCAACUGAUCCGGCUGCUAAUGUUUUGAAGACAGCGCUUUUCUUAGGAACGUACAUCGGAGGCGUUACCUUUAGUGGUUCGUUAGUUGCAUACGGAAAAUUACAAGGCCUGUUAAACUCUGCACCAUUGUUGCUGCCAGGUCGUCAUUACAUUAACGCUGGAUUGUUGGCUGGUAAUGUAGGUGCCAUGGGACUUUUCUUCAUGGAACCGACAUUGAAUGAAGGCUUGGGUCUUUUGGGAACGACGGCUGCUUUAUCUACUGCAAUGGGAGUCACUCUAACAGCAGCGAUUGGUGGUGCGGAUAUGCCAGUGGUUAUUACAGUACUUAAUUCCUACUCCGGUUGGGCACUAUGUGCGGAAGGAUUUAUGUUAAAUAAUAACCUCAUGACCAUUGUUGGAGCAUUGAUUGGUUCUUCCGGUGCUAUCUUGUCUUACAUAAUGUGCAAAGCCAUGAAUCGUUCGUUGCCUAAUGUUAUUCUAGGCGGAUAUGGAACAACCUCUACUGCCGGUGGAAAACCCGCUGAAAUUGUCGGAACACAUACGGAAGUGAAUGUCGACGGUGUAGUUGAAAUGAUUAGAAACUCCAAGAACAUUAUCAUAACGCCUGGCUACGGUUUGUGUGUUGCAAAAGCUCAAUAUCCAAUAGCCGAAAUGGUCAGCAUUCUGAAGUCGCAAGGAAAGAAAGUCCGGUUCGGAAUCCAUCCCGUGGCAGGUAGAAUGCCUGGUCAGUUAAAUGUUUUGUUGGCAGAAGCCGGUGUUCCAUACGACGAUGUGUUAGAAAUGGACGAGAUUAACGAAGAUUUCCCGGAUACCGAUCUUGCACUUGUCAUUGGAGCUAACGAUACUGUGAAUAGUGCUGCAGAAGAUGACCCUAAUUCAAUUAUUGCUGGUAUGCCGGUCCUACGGGUCUGGAAAGCUGAUCAGGUCGUUGUGAUGAAACGUUCCCUUGGUGUUGGUUAUGCUGCAGUGGACAACCCUAUUUUUUAUAAAACAAACACCUCAAUGUUACUAGGCGAUGCCAAGAAAACUUGCGAUGCUCUUUUGGCGAAAAUUAAAGAAUCGCAAUAAAUGCAACUGGAAAUACGCUCA